CCAAUAUAAAACAAUUACAUUAACACACUCUUUGAUGUGAAUGUUAAUUGGUAUAUUUGUACCUUGCAGCGGCCUGAGAACGUUAAGUGUCAGCUUACAAUGCUAAUGGUGAGGUUGGUCUGAGACCCCGGUUAUUCAUAAAUUCUAUGAUUUUUAUAGUGCUGAAGUGUAGUGUCUUACCGUAAACAGGUUAUUUGAUAAUAAAAUAAUUAUUAAGUUUCUAUGCGGUAUAUUACGCGAAUUGUCGUUUGUGAUAACGUUAAUUCGUAACAUCAACACUGGUCACUGACUUUUAAUGAUUCAAAUUUCGACAGCGAUAACAGUCAACACGGUGUACUAGGUGUAGUACCAUCGUAGUCUGGUUUCGGUUGGAAAUUUAAAUUUGGAACUCUUGUUCUUGUCGUCGUCAAGCACAGGAGAACGUCCACACGAACAUUACAUUUACUUUAGACCGAGUUGUACAAGAACAAAAAAUACAGUAUGCCAACCAAGGAAAUCAAUGGAAGUGAAAAAGUGUUCAACGAUAAUGUUCACGGUCACAUAAAUUUACAUCCUUUAUGCGUGAAAAUCAUUGACACGCCAGAGUUUCAGCGACUGCGAAACAUCAAACAACUGGGGACUUGUUAUCUGGUUUAUCCUUGUGCCAGCAUCAAUCGGUUUGAACAUUCUUUGGGUGUUUGUCACCUAGCUGGAGAAAUGGUCAACGCACUAUACAAAAAUUCAGAACAAGAUAUUGGUAUUACCAACGAAGAAAAGCUAUGUGUCCAACUAGCUGGAUUGUGUCAUGACUUAGGACACGGUCCUUUUUCUCACACUUGGGAAAGAUAUCUAAAAGCCGCUGGAAUAUCAUGGAAGCACGAAGACUGUUCGAUUCAAAUGAUCAAACACAUCAUAAAAAAAAAUGUAUUGGAAGAAGAAUUUAACAAGUACGGCUUAAACUUGAAUUACCAUCUAGAUUUGAUAUGCGAAUUAAUCAAUGGAGAAGGUACCACUUUACCCAAAAACAAACAUUUUUUAUAUCAGAUCAUUUCUAACAAAGACAAUGGCAUCGAUGUUGAUAAAUGGGAUUAUUUCUUAAGAGAUGGUAAAUCGCUGAAUUUGAAUAUAUCAUUUGAUUACAAAAGAUUGAUACAAUUCUCCAGAGUGGUUGUCGAUCCUAACUCGAAUCCAUCAAGAAAGGUGAUUGCUUUCAGAAACAAAGAAGCAAGAAACGUGUACGAUAUGUAUAGAGUGAGAUCUGAUUUACACACGAGAGCUUACCAACAUAGAGUAGUUAAAAAUACUGAAUUAAUGUUAGUUGAUAUUUUAUUAAUGGCCGACAAAUAUAUUACCGUUCAAACUCCAUGUGGUAAGAAAUACUCAUUGAAAGAAGUUCAUACAAAUAUUGAGGCAAUGUCACGUCUCACUGAUCAUAUUUUGUAUGAAAUUGAGUACAGCCUAGAUCCGAAUUUAAUAACAGCACAAAAUUUGUUAAAAAAUCUUCAAAACAGAAAUUUAUACAAAUUUGUUGGGUCUUACAAUCUAAAUGUUAUAAAUCAAGAGAAUUGCGAUCAGCUUGAUGUUGAAAAAUUAAAAGCCGAUCUGAAGAAAAGUCUUCAAGACAAGUUUGGAAUUCAAUUUGGAAUUUCUGCCACGUGGCUGGACUGUGGUGCUCCAGUAAACAAUCCAUUAAAACAUGUCAUAUUUUUUAAAAGGCCGUUGUGUGACAGCACAACCGUUGUUUUGGAUAAGACACCAUAUGAUAAAUAUUACCCUCUGCAAAAGCUAGAAUUUUUCAAACGAGAAAUCUCUGUUUUCAGUAAACAAAUGAAUUUGAGUCAUGAUAAAUUGAAGGAAAUUGAUGCCUAUACUGAAGAAUAUUUUAACAAACAACUUCAAAAAUGAUCUGCAAAACACAUAAUGAUAAUCUCUUUAAAUAACUAUAAUUGUUUUAAUUUUUUUUUUUUUGUCAUUUUACUACUAGUCAUACAUAUUGAUUAAUAUUGUAAUAUGUCUCUUUAUCUUCAUGUUGUAUACAAUUUGUUUUCUAAUUAAUAUUUUUAUUUGACAUUAUGCACAUUUAAGUUAUUAAAUAAAGUUUAAACAAAAAUUUUUUCCAAAUAUAUCAGAUUACAAU